CUUUCCAUAGCUCGGCGUUGCGCUGUUUGAGUGCUCCGAGUUCCCGUAGCUCCGCGUUGCGAGGAUUGAGGGUAGUGCUUCCGGGCCGCAGCCUAGGACGCCUCUACGGCCAGGAUAGCAUGGCCGUGUUCCGCUCCGGCCUCCUGGUGCUGACAACACCGCUGACCGCCCUGGUCCCACGCCUGCUUCCCAUCCUGACCUCGGCGGCCCGUCUAGUGAAUCACACCCUCUAUGUGCACCUGCAGCCGGGCAUGACCCUGGGGGGACCCACUCAGCCCCAGGCCAGCCCUUUGCAGGCCACAUUUGAGGUUCUGGAUUUCAUCACGCACCUCUACACUGGCGCCGACCUGCACAGGAACCUGGAUGUCAGAAUUCUCCUGACCAAUAUCCAAACCAAGAACACCUUUCUGCCUGUACUGUCCUCGGUCCAGAAUCUGGCCCACCCUCCAGAAGUAGUCCUAACGGACUUCCAGACCUUGGACGGAAGUCAGUACAACCCUGUUAAACAACAGCUAGAGCGUUAUGCCACCAGCUGUUACAGCUGUUGUCCACAGCUGUCUUCUGUGUUGCUGUACCCGGAUUAUGGGACCGACGAACUGUCUUCGGAGUCCCAGAAUGCAACCUCAUCCUCCACCAUAAGGCCGGCUACCGUGUUGGGCAGAUCGCCAAAGCAGCCUGUGCGUGGCUACCGCCGCGGGGCCGUGGGUGGUACCUUUGACCGCUUGCACAAUGCCCACAAAGUGUUGCUCAGUGUUGCGUGUGUGCUGGCCCAGGAGCAGCUUGUGGUGGGAGUAGCGGACAAAGAUCUGUUGAAGAGCAAAGUGCUCCCUGAGCUGCUCCAGCCUUAUGCAGAGCGUGUGGAACAUCUGAAUGAGUUCCUGGUGGACGUCAAGCCCUCCCUGACUUUUGAUAUCAACCCCCUGCUGGACCCCUAUGGGCCUGCUGGGUCCGACCCCACCUUGGAGUUCCUGGUGAUCAGCGAGGAGACCUAUCGUGGGGGGAUGGCCGUCAACCGCUUCCGCCUUGAGAACGGCAUGGAGGAGCUUACCUUAUACCAGAUACGACUGCUGAAGGACCAAAGCCACAGCGAAAGUGAAGAGGACAAGGUCAGCUCCUCCAGCUUUCGGCAGCGGAUGCUGGGAAACCUGCUUAAACCUCCUAAUCAGCCAGAGGUCCCCCGAGGUCUCUACGUGAUUGGGCUGACAGGCAUCAGUGGCUCUGGGAAAAGCUCCAUAGCUAAGCGGUUGAAGAACCUGGGAGCAUACGUCAUCGACACUGACACACUGGGCCAUCGAGCCUAUGCCCCCGGGGGGCCUGCCUACCAGCCUGUGGUAGAAGCCUUUGGACCAGAUAUUCUCCAUAAAGACAGUACCAUCAAUAGGAAGGUCCUGGGCAGCCGGGUGUUUGGGAACAAGAAGCUGCUGAAGAUCCUCACAGAUAUCGUGUGGCCAGUCAUUGCAAAGCUGGCCCGAGAGGAGAUGGAUUUGGCACUGUCUAAAGGCAAGGCUCUGUGUGUCAUUGAUGCCGCUAUGCUGCUUGAAGCCGGCUGGCAGAACAUGGUGCAUGAGGUGUGGACCAUUAUCAUCCCUGAGACUGAGGCUAUCCAGCGCAUCAUUGAGCGGGAUGGACUGAGCGAGGCGGCUGCUCACAGCCGGCUGCAGAACCAGAUGAGCGGGCAGCAGCUGGUAGAGCAGAGCCACGUGGUCCUGAGCACCAUGUGGGAACCACGUGUCACACAGCGCCAGGUGGAGAAAGCCUGGAAUCUUCUGCAGAAGCGCAUCCGUCAGGCUCACUAGACCCAGAACUGACGGUGGAUCUUCUGUGGCGCCAAGCUGGCCCCCGGAACUAACAGACCUAGUGGUGAGGAAAGGGGUCCUUGAUGUUGAGGCCCGUGUCGGGCCUCAAGAGCUUCAGGCUAAGCUGUGCAGGUCACAGAAGCCUGGAAGUCUACCUAGCGUGCUGGGAUUCGGCCAGCAAUGAGGACACAGCUAAUCGGUAGCAGUCCCCUUUAGGGUUCUGUCCACGUUUUGGUGGUGGAUGUGAUGUUUACCUAGUGUGGAUGGGUUGUAGUAAGGACUGGACCCAGUCAUCGAAUUAAAGAUGUUUCCAAGUGCUCAA